UUUCCCAUCCUUAAUAAUAACAACAAUAACUCCGGGGGCAGAAAGCCUCAGACCCUCCCCGUAUUUUCUGAAGAAAGCAAGAUUUGUGAGGAGGCUGCUCCUUCUCUUGCCAAACAACGGUGCUGCUGCCCGAGAGCUGCAAGGGAGCCUGAGGGUCGAGUGCCUUUAAAAAACAGAGAGAAAGGGAAUCUUGUGCCUCUGGAAAUCUGAAACCCAGAAAGAGGAGGGUGAGGGAAACAAGAGGGAGAGUCUUGCAAUUCCUGAGGACAACGGUUGCAAGUGGAGUUUUAAGGAAUAAAAUAUACGAGCACACAUUGAAAGGUCACUGGAUGGCUUUUGUGGAGAACCCUGUGAAAUAAAGGAGCCUUGGAAGAAGAGAUUCUUUUUCUCCUCCUCUCUGGAUAUAAUGGCCAUUGCAAAGCAAAGCAUCUUGCGAUAUGGCUUCAAAUGCCUCUUGCUAGCAGCUUUGAUGCCGACCUAUGAGGGACAAGGUGGAAAGAGAGAGAAUGGUGGUCCUGCCUGUUACGGAGGAUUUGAUUUGUAUUUCAUUCUAGACAAAUCAGGAAGCGUCCUGCACCACUGGAAUGAAAUAUAUCACUUUGUGGAACAUUUGGCCCGCAAGUUCAUAAGCCCUCAGCUGAGAAUGUCCUUCAUUGUUUUUUCCACGAGAGGGACAAUUCUGAUGAGGUUGACAGAAGACAGGGAACAGAUACGCCAGGGUCUAGAAGAGCUGCAGAAAGUCCUUCCAGGAGGUGACACAUACAUGCAUGAAGGAUUUGAAAGGGCAAGUGAACAGAUUUACUAUGAAAAUGUUCACGGUUACAGAACUGCAAGUGUCAUCAUUGCACUGACAGAUGGAGAACUCCAUGAAGAUCUAUUUUUCUACUCAGAGAGGGAGGCUAAUCGGUCACGGGACCUCGGAGCAACAGUAUAUUGUGUUGGUGUGAAAGACUUCAAUGAGACCCAGCUGGCUAGAAUUGCAGACAGCAAAGAUCAUGUCUUUCCAGUGAAUGAUGGUUUUGAAGCCCUUCAGGGGAUCAUAGACUCUAUUUUGAAGAAAUCCUGUAUAGAAAUUCUGGCGGCAGAGCCUUCCAGUAUAUGUGCAGGGGAGUCGUUUCAGGUUGUCGUGAGAGGAAAUGGAUUCCGACAUGCCCGUAAUGUGGACAGAGUGCUCUGCAGUUUCAGGAUCAACGACUCAGUCACUCUUAAUGAGAAGCCUUUUGUAGUGGAAGAUACCUACUUACUCUGCCCAGCACCUGUGCUGCAAGAAGUUGGCAUGGAAGCAGCUCUUCAAGUCAGUAUGAAUGAUGGUCUGAGCUUCAUCUCCAGCUCCGUCAUCAUCUCCAGCACUCACUGUUCAGACGGAACCAUCUUGGCUCUUGCUUUGCUGAUCCUGUUCCUCCUGCUGGCCUUGGUUCUGCUCUGGUGGUUCUGGCCACUUUGCUGCACAGUGAUCAUCAAAGAGCCGCCCCCACCUCCUGCAGAAGACAGCGAGGAGGAAGAUGAUGAUGGCCUUCCAAAGAAGAAAUGGCCAACAGUAGAUGCUUCUUAUUAUGGUGGGCGAGGAGUUGGUGGCAUCAAACGAAUGGAGGUACGCUGGGGAGAAAAGGGCUCCACAGAAGAAGGCGCUAAGUUAGAGAAAGCCAAGAAUGCCAGAGUCAAGAUGCCAGAACAGGAAUAUGAGUUCCCUGAACCCAGGAACCUUGUGAACAACAUGCGCAGGCCUUCCUCUCCUCAGAAGUGGUACUCUCCUAUCAAGGGGAAAUUGGAUGCGCUCUGGGUGUUGCUGCGGAAAGGUUACGACCGUGUAUCUGUGAUGCGCCCACAGCCAGGAGAUAAGGGCCGCUGCAUCAAUUUCACCAGAGUGAAGAACACGGAGACCCCACCCAAAUACCCACUCAACAACGCAUACCCUCCAUCAUCUCCACCUCCAGCACCCAUCUACAACCCCCCGCCUCCAGCUCCGAUCUACACCCCCCCUCCUCCCAGCUCACCCACACCCCACACCCCAUCCCCGUCCUCCACACUCCCCCCGCUCCCUCCUCCACCCCAAGCCCCACCACCCAACCGGGCCCCCCCUCCAUCUCGGCCCCCACCUCGCCCCACAGUCUAG